AUGACUCACGAGCCGAAGACAUCAAGGGAUGGUGGGGGGGCUGCGGGGGGGGGGGGGCGGGGGGGGGGGUGGGGGGGGAUAUACACACACGAGCAAUUACAGCAACAAAACAUGCUAAAUAUAUCUUUAAAAGGACAACAUGUUGAUAUAAGACGGGGGGGGGGGGGGGGGGGGAAAGGGAGGGGAGAGUCUGCGCUGGAUGCACAGGCCCUCUCUGCCCUGUCGUGCAGGUUUACAUCUUUCUGCCCACACUUACGAUUUAUGCCACAUGACAAAUGUAACGAUUGCGACCGAUCGUCCAUGAGCACUUCGACUUAUACUCGUGGAAAGCAAGAACCGGCAACGUUCGACUUGACUAGCCACGCUGGCGGAGAGGGGGGGGGGGGGGGGGGCCGGGUGCAGGGACCCAAAAGCCUCAAGCCUGGCGAGAGAGGGGGCGGGGGGCGGGGGGGUUGA